AAAAGUUCGCUCCUCGUUGAAGACUUCCGCGAGAAAGUUUUUUUUUAUUCAUAUUUGCUAUGUGAUGUGCGAUUUUUGACAAAAGUUUAAGAAAAAGCAUAUAAUUGUCUAUGCCAGCGUUACAGAAAAUAUCGAAAUCAAUUCUCCAAUAUGAAAAUAUCCAAACGCUGCCGCCGUUAAUUGAAGUUAAAAAUUUGUGCAAUUGCUGAUUAAGGAGCGAUGACUGAAGAGGCCCUGUGAACUGUGAAUGAAAAAUUAGUUUUAUCCACCAAGGAGAGCUAAAACUUUGCGCGGCAUUCGAAUCCAAAAUUCUUCAGUUUCGUCACGGUAAAUGGUGGACAUGUCAUGAGAAUUAACAGAAUUGAAGAUAGAAUGGAUGAAAAUAGUUCGCUGAACCACCAGAAUGGUGCUGGUGGCCAGCUGAGUGGAAUUGGCGGCACCGGAGCUGGUGGCAUGCAAAGCGGCGGCGUUGGCCUUGGUGGAAUGGUCAAUAAUUCGGCCAGCGGUAUGAACAACAACAACAAACCUGUCGGGCUCGGUGGGACAGGUGGUGGCGGUAGCGGGCAGGAUGAUCAAAACAAUAAGGCAGCACCUACCCAGUACUCAAUUCCUGGUAUUCUGCAUUUUAUUCAACACGAAUGGGCCCGGUUCGAACUAGAACGGUCGCAGUGGGAUGUCGAUCGGGCCGAAUUACAGGCAAAAAUAGCAGUACUUUUAGGGGAACGAAAAGGUCAGGAAUCUCUCAAAUCCGACCUCAUUAGGCGUAUAAAAAUGUUGGAAUAUGCACUGAAACAAGAAAGGGCAAAAUUUCAUCGGUUAAAAUAUGGUGUCGAUCCACCUAUGAACGAUAUUAAACCUCCUUCGGAUGAGCCAGGGAUUGGCACAGAGGUCGCACCAGAUCCGGAAGUACCGUACAGUUCUGUGUCGAAUAUAACAUGGCGGCAAGGCAGACAACUACUUCGUCAAUAUUUGCAGGAGAUCGGAUAUACCGAAACAAUCCUUGACAUUCGUUCGACCCGGGUCCGCUCGUUACUGGGGCUGAACAACAACAGCGAACAAGAGGAGAAUGUAAAUCCGAAUAUCAACGGCGGGACCGAAAACAACAAACGUGCUAGUGAGUCACAAGGUCGCCGGACACCGGCGAAAAAAUCCCAACCGUCAUCAAUGACUGAAGCAAUGAUCAUGGACUCUGAAGCAGCAGUUAUAGCAAAUUUUGAAUUCCUGGCUCAAGCAGAUGCCGAGAUGUCCGACGAAGAUGACUUGUCGGAUGAACUUGGUGGCGAGAAUGAGGAAACGGAUAUGAAAACGACAAAGCGAAAAGCCAAAGGUGUUACUAUGAAUGAAGACGACGUCGAUGCUGAAGCGGACGAAGUAAUCAAUGAAUUGAAUCUGUUAACAGAAGGUGAGGACAACAAUUUGACUGAAAGCAGAAAAAUUGACGGAGGGGAUUUAUUUGUUGGCUACAAUAAACCCGCCAUACCUCGUCAUCCAUCGAUACCUGGUAUUACUAACGACGAGGAAGUGGAUUCAUCGCUUGGGCUGGGUGAAUUGGCACAGUUAACAGUCAACAAUGAAGCUGAAUCGACGUACGAAGUUUCUAACGCGAAGGAACCAUACCGUAAAACUUGGAAUGCCAAGUACACUCUCCGGUCUCAUUUCGACGGGGUUCGUGCUUUGGCCUUCCAUCCACAGGAACCAGUUCUGAUAACUGCCUCUGAAGAUCACACACUUAAGUUGUGGAAUUUACAGAAAACCGUGCCAGCCAAAAAGUCAGCUAGUCUCGAUGUGGAACCUCUCUACACGUUUCGUUCACAUAACGGCCCGGUCCUAUGUCUAGCAAUGUCGGCGACCGGGGAACAGUGCUACUCAGGUGGCCUAGAUGGCGCCAUCAAUUGUUGGAAUUUACCGAACUCCAACAUAGACCCGUACGAUAGCUAUGACCCAGAAGUCAUGAAAUGUACGCUGGACGGACACACAAAUGCCGUAUGGGGUUUGGCAGUAAAUCACACAAAGAACAGCCUUGUAUCGUGCUCCGCUGAUGGCACCGUAAAGUUAUGGUCACCGUCUGGAAAGAUUCCACAACUAAAUACGACGUUCACCUCCGAAACCGAAGGCACCCCAACGUCAGUUGACUUCGUACGAGAUCAAACAGACAGAAUCGUGGUUGCCUACAGCAGUACUCACUGUAUCAUAUAUGAUACAGAAACUGGACGACAGGUAGUUAAACUGGAAGCCAGUCAAGAAAUGACCGGAAAUGUAGGGAAACACAUCAACAAAGUGGUCAGCCAUCCUACGUUACCGAUAACAAUUACAGCCCAUGAAGAUCGACACAUUCGCUUUUGGGACAACACAACCGGUUCACUGAUACAUUCAAUGGUAGCUCAUCUCGAUGCUGUCACCAGUCUAGCUAUCGACGCUCAUGGGUUGUAUUUGCUGUCUGGUUCGCAUGACUGCUCGAUCCGAUUAUGGCAUAUGGAUAACAAAACGUGCGUACAGGAAAUCACUGCACACCGCAAAAAGUUCGACGAAAGCAUAUUAGAUGUCGCAUUUCACCCAUCAAAACCGUAUAUCGCUAGUGCCGGUGCUGAUGCAAUAGCUAAAGUGUUCGUUUAAUGUGUAUUCUACCCUACUGUCCACAAUGGCAGAAUUAAGUAAAUAAAACAAAAAGCAAAAGAAACUCUUUAUACCUAUUAUGAUAUCAAACAAGAGGAAGCGUAAACGCGAAUAAGGCAGAGAAAAUACAAGCCAACGAAGGCGUUAUGCGAGAAGGAGACAAAGCAAAAAGAAACGGUAGUUGUUUUUAAUUAUCACGAACAUUCUAGUUACAAAAUAUAACAAAUAACAAAGUAAAGAAAGGUAAGCAGAUAGCAACUGAUUAAGAAAAAAAAAUAUGCAUGAUAAUUUUUACAAUAAACGCAAAAAACACAUAAAUACACAAAAUAACAAAACAUAGACAAACUUAAACAGUCAAGUAGUUGAAUGGUUAAAAAAAAUCCGAGCAAUUGAACGAUUUGAAGCAAAACGAUGACUUUUAAUCAAAUGGCGCGUCGCAAAACAGCCAUCACUCAACUAUUCGCAGACGAUGCCAACAAAACGAGCUAGCAAAAAUAAAACCAAAAGGUUAUUCCCAAUAAACGAAUUUUUAUACAGAUAAUUUAUAAAUAAUGCAAUAGAACACGUGGCAACAAACAAAAAAAGUCGGAAUACGAAAAAAGCAAAUCUGCACAGUUCUUGAACUUUGUCGUUAGUAUUUCAGAUCUUACAUAACCAAAAAAAACUCAGUUUACCGCUUCAACGUUCUUUGUCCCAGUAUGUCUUUUUUCCCUCUGGUCUCGGUUUGUCGAUCGUUAAUUUGUUUCUUAUUACCGGUCCAUAACCUGAUGUAUAUUCCCAACGUAAGCAGUGUGCGUUUUAUGUUGCAGCAAAACGGGACAAAAUAUUUUAGUGAACAGAGAUGUUGCAUCGUGGAAAAGCGACAACAAGAAUAGAAGGCACCCACAUACACAUUCAUGGAUUUCAACGUGAGUUUUAGAUCUUAGUGUAGAAAGUGAUAAGAAAAGAUAUAAUAUGAGAAUUAAACAUGAUAAACUAUGUGUAACAAAUGUAGGCUCUUAAACAGAGAAAGAGAUAGCGGAUAGGAUUUGAGAUAUAAAACGAUGCAAAAAACAGAACAACCAGUAGUCACCGCAAUUCAAAAUACGUUAACUUCUGCAAAAGAGGUAAGUUCUCGGUAAAGCACGACACUUUUGGCCGCAACAACAUUCAUAUAUUGCAAGCUGAUUCCUUCUGUGCUGCCGCUUGCAGAAAAUAAGGGAAAUCAAAGUAAUAAAAUGUAUUUAUUUUACUCAUAUCCGUAAUACGUUGUUAAUUAAUGAUUUGAUUUAUUAUAAAUAAAGUCUAGA